AUGCUGCUAAAACCGUGCUCAAUCCUCAACAAAGCCAAGCGGCCUGACUAUGUACCAUGUCUGCACUCAAAGCUCCAUAACAUGAUAUGGCGUGAGCCAUUGCAAAAUGUGUACAUGGUUAAGAAGCCUCAGCAUCCCGAAGCAACUAAGGAAAUGAUAUCGAUGAUGAGAUACCUUCAAAAUAAUUACCCGGCGGUUAAUGUGAUGGUGCUCCAUGACACCGCUCGCGAGCUCAGACAACUUGUACCUCACAAUGACAAGCUCACCAUCUAUGAGGGGCUGAAGGAAGACAUUGUCGAUAAGGCUGACCUCGUUAUCACCUUGGGUGGUGACGGGACAAUUCUACAUGCGGUGAAUUUAUAUAGUACAGCAUCGGUACCGCCAGUGUUAUCGUUUUCUAUGGGAACGCUUGGGUUUCUUCUUCCAUUCAAAGUCGACAAGUUUGAGCAGACGUUUCUGAUGGUGUACCAACUGCGAGCUAAAGUGCUUCAUCGCAACCGGAUCCAGUGUGAGAUUGUUCGAGAGCUGGGUGGCAAUGGGGUGAGAAUUGAGCGACAGGUCGUGAUGGCAAUGAACGAUAUUAGUGUUCAUCGCGGUAGUCAGCCGAACUUGACGGCGGUGGAUAUCUACCUUGACGACGAGUUUUUCACCACCACCAUUGGCGAUGGCAUUGUUGCCGCCACCCCAACCGGGUCCACUGCCUACUCUCUUAGUGCCGGCGGGUCAAUCGCCCACCCUGCCGUUAAGUGUAUUUCGUUGACGCCAGUGUGUCCGCGCCUGUUGUCAUUCCGCCCACUUGUGCUUCCGAUGCUGGUGCGAGUCAAACUACAACUACUGAGUCGGCGAAACCGCAAUGGCCGGAUAAAACUCGCCAUUGAUGGGAUGCAACACCGGGAUCUCGAGCCUGGUGAUCAUGUCAAUAUUGAGCUGAGCACAGAAGAUGGCAUUUGGUGUGUGGCUAAAUCGCAAAACGAUUGGACGAAAGGCAUUAACGAGAUGCUAGGCUUUAACGCUGGAUUUUCCAAACUCUAA